AUGCGCCUAUCACUGCAAACUUCUCGAUAUUUGAGAAAUUUCGAACGGAAUAGUCGCUUUUUCCAACAAUUAAGGUCCCUUUCGGUUCAGCCUUAUCACCUCGCAAUAUAUGGAAGCCGUAAUUCUUCAGAGCAACGGCUUUUAGCUUUUUCCGGAGAUCGAUCAUCAAUUGUUGCAUCUCAUCGGUUUUACAGCAAUCCGCAUGAAAAUGGGAAAGACGAUGAUGAUAAAACCUCGGAUGAUACGAAAGAUAAGGAUACAGCGAUCGUGGAACAAGUAGAAGAUAUGUUAGAAGGACCAAUGAGUACGAUAACUGUUCCGGAGGUGUGGCCUAUUGUACCAGUUAUUGCAAUCUCGAGAAAACCACUCUUUCCUGGUUUUAUUACGCGAGUUGCUAUCACUAGAGAUCAAGCACUAAAAGAAUUGCUGAGAAGGAAAGUACGGAUGCGUCAACCAUAUGUUGGAGUUUUCAUGAAGAAAGAUCCUGAGAAUGAUUCUGAAACAGUGGAAUCCUUAUCUGAGCUUCAUACAGUAGGAUCAUUCGCUCAAAUCAAUGUUAUGGGUGAUAAUGGUGAUAAAAUAGAAUUGGUUCUGGUUGCUGAAAGGCGCAUACGUAUUUUAGAACCAGUUGCUGAUGAUAUCAAUACAUCUGAAAAUAUUGGAAAAAUAAAUGGUAGAAGAGCGCGUCAAGAGCGUCGUAAACUGAAGGACAAAUUAAAAGAAGAUGAAAGUACCUUGGCUACAUCUCCAACAAUAACCCUAGCUCGGACGGAAAAUGUUGUUUCACAACCUGUUGAACGAACAACUGAAGUUAAAGCAACAAUGCAGGCCAUAGUUAGUACGAUUCGCGAUGUGAUGCAGUAUAAUACGUUAUUUGCACAGCAACUUGGAUUAACUGCGAAUCCGUCAAAAAAUGUGGUUGAUAAUCCUAUAUAUCUAUGUGAUUUGGUUGGAUCACUUGUAAGUGCUGAUCCAAGCGACUUACAAAAUUUGAUGGAUGAAGAAGUUAUUGAAGAGCGUUUGAAAUUGGCAUUACUAUUAAUUGAAAAGGAGAAAACAGUCGCAAAAUUAAAACAUGAUAUUAACAAGGAUGUGGAGAAAAAGGUUCAUGAUCAACAUCGUAAAUUUCUUUUGAAUGAACAGCUGAAGGCAAUCAAAAAAGAACUUGGAUUGGAGAAGGAUGACAAAGAAGCUCUGGCGGAAAAAAUGCGAGAUCGCAUAAAAAAUCUAAAUAUUCCGGAAUAUGCGAUGAAAGUAAUUAAAGAAGAACAGACCAAACUAUCUUUUCUGGAUCCACAUUCAAGUGAAUUUUCGGUUGCAAGGAAUUACUUGGAUUGGUUAACAAAUAUGCCGUGGGGUAAGACAUCAGAGGAUGUACUGGAUUUGGAUAGAGCUAUUGCCGUAUUAGAUGAAGACCAUUAUGGAAUGAAGGAUGUGAAGGAUCGAAUUUUGGAAUUCAUUGCAAUUGGUAUACUUAAAAAGAAAGUAAGCGGUAAAAUUCUGUGCUUACAUGGGCCACCAGGUACUGGUAAAACGAGUAUUGCACGAUCAAUUGCCCGAGCAUUAAACAGAGAGUAUUUUCGAUUUUCGGUCGGUGGAAUGACAGAUGUUGCAGAAAUUAAAGGACAUCGCCGUACAUAUGUUGGAGCGAUGCCUGGAAAAAUGAUUCAGUGUCUGAAAAAAGUACAAACAGAAAAUCCAUUAGUUUUAAUUGACGAAGUAGAUAAAAUUGGUGGUGCAAGUUAUCAUGGUGAUCCAUCAUCAGCGUUAUUAGAGCUGCUGGAUCCAGAGCAAAACACCAAUUUUAAUGAUCACUUUCUCGAUGUUCCUGUUGAUUUGUCAAAGGUAUUAUUCAUUUGCACUGCAAACAUUACGGAUACCAUUCCCGGUCCACUAAAGGAUCGCAUGGAAAUGAUCGAAGUGUCGGGUUAUGUUGCAGAAGAAAAAUUAAACAUUGCACAAAGUUAUUUGAUACCUCAGUGUCGAAAGGAUAGCUCACUGGAAGAAAGUCAGCUGCAAAUAACUCCUGAGGCGCUGCAGACACUUAUCAAACAGUACUGCCGAGAAUCUGGUGUUCGGAAUCUUCAGAAACAUAUUGAGAAGGUAUUCCGUAAAGCAGCUUUCAAAAUAGCGGGAGGAAGCAAUCAGAAAGCUGUUCAAAUAGUUGUUGACAAUCGGAAUAUCGAAGACUUUGUCGGAAGACCUAAAUUCACCAGUGACCGUAUGUACGAUGCAACACCGGUUGGUGUAAUAAUGGGUCUUGCAUGGACAGCUAUUGGCGGAUCAUGCUUGUACAUUGAAGCUUGUUUACGACGGAGCUUGGCCAUAUCUAAAUCAAGUUUGUCACGAAAUCCAAGUACUGAUAGUGGGUUUUCGAAUGAUUCAUUUGAUGAUGCAGUCAGCUCAACGAAACCCGAUGUUCCAUUUGGUAGUUUAGAAACAACUGGACAUCUGGGUGAUGUAAUGAAAGAGAGUAUGCGCAUUGCUUACACAGUUGCUAAGAAUAUCCUUAGGAAUCACUUUCCGGAUAAUGACUUUCUCGACAAAGCGCACAUACAUGUCCAUGUUCCAGAGGGCGCAACACCGAAAGAUGGUCCAUCUGCAGGUUGUACAAUAACAUCCGCUUUAUUAUCUUUGGCCUUGAAUCAGCCCGCUCAGCAGAAUGUUGCAAUGACGGGUGAAAUUUCUCUUACUGGAAGGAUAUUGCCAGUUGGUGGAAUUAAAGAAAAAGUUAUUGCUGCCAAAAGAGCUGGAGUGAAUUGUAUUAUAUUGCCGGAAGAAAAUCGGAAGGACUUCUCGGAUCUGCCGGAUUUUAUCCGGGAAAAUGUUGAUAUACAUUUCGUUUCACAUUACGACGAAAUAUACGACAUCAUAUUCCGAGAUGCAAAUUAA